AUGGAAACUAGGAAGGAGAUGGUGAUGUUUCUGGAAGGAGGUCAACUUGGCUCCCUGGCAGUAGCCAAGAGGGCACCCAGCUUGGCAGAGGCCGUGGGAAGCCCCGGUCCAGGGCCGCAGGACAAGAUGAUUCAUACAGGGUGCCACAGCCCUAGGUCUGGACCCUUACCCUCCCGGGAAAGAGGAGGAGGAAGGGUGGAAGAGGAGGAUGAAGAGGAGGAGGAGGAGGAAGAGGAGGAGGUGGAAGUGCUCCCGGCGACAGGGACGGUCCCGGAGAGCCGGUCCGCGGCGGCCGCGCUUCUCUCCGCCGGGCAGCCGCCGCCGCUCAACCGCCUGGCCGCCAAAGGCCAACAGAGCAGCUCGGACACAGAGUCGGAUUUUUACGAGGAGAUCGAGGUCAGCUGCACCCCGGACUGCGCCACGGGCAACGCGGAAUACCACCAGCACGGCAAAGGACACUGCUCGGAGACCUCAGCAGGCAGCCCCAGCAGCGGCGGGGACCCCCCUAAAGGCAGCGGGGGCAGCGGCGGAGGGGGCUCUCAAGGAUCGCUGGCCUGCAGCGCCAGCGAUCAAAUGCGCCGGUACCGCACGGCCUUCACCCGGGAGCAGAUAGCUCGGCUGGAGAAGGAGUUCUACCGGGAGAACUACGUCUCCAGGCCCAGGAGAUGCGAACUGGCGGCCGCCUUAAACCUCCCAGAAACCACCAUCAAGGUGUGGUUCCAGAACCGGCGGAUGAAGGACAAGAGGCAGCGCUUGGCCAUGACUUGGCCCCACCCGGCAGACCCGGCCUUCUACACCUACAUGAUGAGCCACGCGGCGGCCACCGGCAACCUGCCCUACCCGUUCCCGUCACACCUGCCGCUCCCUUACUACUCCCAUAUGGGCCUGGGGGCCACCUCGGCUUCUGCUGCGGCCGCCGCCCCCUUCAGCUCCCCACUGAGACCUCUGGACACCUUCCGGGUCCUCUCUCACCCCUACCCCAGACCAGAACUUCUGUGCGCCUUCAGACACCCUUCCCUCUACGCCGGCCCAACGCACGGACUGAGCGGCGCCGGAGGGAGCCCUUGCUCCUGCUUGGCUUGCCACGGGAGCCAGGCCAACGGGCUGUCUCAAAGGCCUUCGGGUUCGGACUUUAGCUGCUCCGCCACCACCAGGACUGACUCGUUCCUCACCUUCACGCCCUCGGUGCUGAGCAAGGCCUCCUCGGUCUCCUUGGAUCAGCGGGAAGAAGUCCCUUUGACCAGAUAA